GAGGCUGACAGUUGAUUAGCGAGACGAUUCGACAUUGCUGGCUCUCUCAAGCCUGAUUCCUUCUACUUUCCGUCACUUCUCUCUUUCAUCUAAAUCGAAGACGACGACGACACAGAGCUCUCUCUCUCUCUCCAUUCCUUUUCAAUUUGGAGCAUCCUAAUUGUUCUUUUCCUUUACCUCUAAACCCUAGAAUACUUGUCAAAUAUUACCAUUUAAUUAUUUAAUCAAGGCAAUGGCGUUGAGUUUGCAGCAAUGGGAAUCGGACCCUCUGUUCUCGGCGGCCGAAGUGGUUCAAGAUUCCACCGACAGGAUGGAAUCAAUAUUUCGUCUACUAUUGCAUGAGCAAAGUCUUGUUCAAGGAGACCAUCCAGAGCCAAAGCUACUUAAUUCUGUAGAAUAUCAUAGGCGUGAUCUGGUCACUACUAUUGAAACAGCAAAAUGGCAGGUAUUUACUACCUUUCAUGCUGCUGCUUUUUGUUUUUUUUGGGUUCUUUUGUACUCUUAGAUUGUUUGCUUGUCCUUAUCAGCUGGAAGACUUUGAAAGAGAGGUAAAUCUGUCAGCCAUGACAGACAAGUCUCAACUGAGGCAAGAUGUAAUUUUAAGACAUAAGCAGUUUAUCAGAGCCAUUAGGGAACAUAUAGUUAAUGUGGAGAAAAGCGUGGAGGGAAUAUUGGCAGGAGACUUAGGAAGGAAUUCUGAGUGGGUAAACUUGAAUGAACAAGAUAGAUAUGGGUUGGCAUUGUUUCUUUCGGGCGGAAAACCUGUUGACCAUGGACCACUCUCUGACUCGGAAGACAGUAAUAUACUGAGAAGGUUUCUUGAUCCAACUGCAUCAUCUAGUCUCAAUGACGAGAUUGUUGAGCAGGAUAUUCGAGAAACUACGAGCUUGAACAUGAAUGGGUUUGUGCAUUUAGACCAUAAGUUUGAUAAAAAGGAUAAUAAAUUAAGGAGGGUGGGUUCUCUUUAUUCCACACAAAUGGCACUUGAAGCACCAUCUUUAAUUCAAGGGGCUGCUUCUGACAGAUGUGAUGAAGAGGGGAAUUGGGAUUUGGAAGCUAAUGAGGCCAAAUGUAGAAGCUUCUUUCAGAAGAACAAGUUUAGAGGUUAUUACAGCAAAGUGAAUGUCUUUGGAUCCUUGGGGAAUUUGUUGUCUGCAUAUGGAAAUAGGGCCAGUAGGAGUUUUACAAAGAGGUGGAAAGAUGGGGAAGAACAAAGGCAUCCACCAUUACACACUGAUGUUUCUCAAGCUGCACAGAGUUUUCUUACAAGACUAGGGCUCGCUUCCCGAUAUAUCAAUCCUCAGCAGUGGUCAGAUUUAUUAGCAAGAGUCAUGCACUCCCAUACUUGGCUUGAGCAGUGUUGGGCUAGAUAUCAAAGAUCUCAUACUCAAGUCAGUUGUCGUCCUGUAAGAUUGAUAUCAGCAAUACUAUUGACAUUGAUAUUUUUAGGUAUCCUGGCAUCUCUAGUAGCUUGAGUGGACUAUUUACAAGGGCAUUUUACACUGAGGAUGUCCAUCAGUUGCCCAUAAAUCAUGAAGCCUAGCAUAUUAUAUUUUGGUCCUACGCUAUUGUCAAAAGUGUCGGCAUCAGUUUCUCUAUCGAUUGUCAUCGUUUUCAAUUUACCACUUGGUCGUAGUUGGAUUGCAACAAUCUGCGCUAGCAAUUUGUUUGGGUGAAGUCGAGAGUCUCAUCCUCUAUGGUAUUACGGUGUUGGAGUGUUUUUUUUUUUUUUAAAAUUUCUGCAAACAGCAAGGCAGUGCAGAAAACUUGGCUGACUAAUUCACUAUUAAUUUACAUUGUCAAAUAGUUACGAAGCCUCAAACCGGCUAUUUUGUAGUGGGUGGGAACCCCUUUGGUCACAUCAAGGGGGUUGUUAUGCUGGUCGCCCCUUCCCACCUUUUUCUCCUAGC